CAAGCGAUUGGCAAGAAGACGUUUGGAAGGAUCGGUGGCGAGACGGGAGACGUCAGCAUGGUCUUCUAUUUUUCCAGCAACGUGGUCUCGCCCGCUGCCGAGAUUUACAUGGGGAAGGACAAAUAUGAGAAUGAGGAAUUAAUUAAGUAUGGAUGGCCGGAGGACGUAUGGUUUCACGUUGACAAGCUUUCGUCCGCCCACGUCUAUCUCCGGCUACAGAAAGGGCAGUCAUGGGAGGAUAUUUCCGAGGAGCUUCUCACUGACCUCGCUCAGCUCACGAAAGCGAACAGCAUCGAAGGAAACAAGAAAAGUAAUCUGACCAUCAUCUAUACUCCUUGGAGCAAUCUUAAAAAAACUCCAGGGAUGGAAACUGGGCAGGUGACAUUCCACAGAAAUAACAUGGUAAAACGAAUCCAUGUUAAAGAGAGGGAGAAUGCGAUAGUCAACCGGUUGAACAAAACAAAGGUGGAGAAAUAUCCGGAUUUGGCAGAAGACAAAAUUCAAAGGGAUCGUGAGACUAGAAACGAAUUGAGGGAGGUCGAAAAGCGUAAAAGGCAAAGCGAGCUGAAGCAGCAGGAGCAGAAACGCAAAGAAGCGGAGCUACGAAGCUACAGUACCGUGUUCAAAGAUGAACGCAUGAAGAGUAAUAAAGAGCUUUUGGAAGAGCGACGGGGUUUGGACAUCAAUGCCAUUGAGGAGGAUUUCAUGUAGUUGUAAUUAUCAUAUCAUUAUCAUGCUGGUCAA